UUGGUCUCAGUUUACAUGGUAAAAAUAGUGCCCGGUCGUCGACGGAUUAUCGUUCGAGAUCAACAAACAUGCCAGAAUUAACUGAACUUGACAAAGCUGCAAGCUCUGAACCUACCAAGGUUGAAGCAGCAGCAGCAGGAUAUGGAACCGAUUCAGAUUCAGAUGACACAGUUCCAGAAUUGGACGAUGCAGGUGCUGGUGGUACUGUUGGUUAUCCUGGAACAACUGUCACCGGUGUUCCUAUAGAUAUGGUGUCCAAGGCAAAACAAAGUCGAGGAGAAAAAAAGGCCAGAAAGCUUAUGAGCAAACUAGGAUUAAAACCUGUUCAAGGAGUUAACAGAGUAACUAUUCGUAAAUCAAAGAACAUCCUCUUUGUAAUCAAUAAGCCAGAUGUGUUGAAGAAUCCAGUCUCGGAUACUUUCAUAGUUUUUGGUGAAGCCAAGAUCGAGGAUCUCAGUCAACAAGCUCAAGUAGCAGCAGCUGAGAAGUUCAAGGAGCCACCAGCUAUUCCAGCAACUGAAGCUGGUGGUAGUACCACGGUUGUUGCACCGAUACAAGAAGAAUCGGAGGAAGAAGUCGAUGAAACAGGUGUUGAAGAAAAGGACGUUGAAUUAGUAAUGUGUCAAGCCAAUGUGACCCGAUGGAAAGCCAUUAAAGCUCUCAAAAAUAAUCAGAAUGAUAUUGUCAAUGCCAUUAUGGAAUUGACAAUGUGAUGAAGCUGCUUAGCAGUAGGGGUGCGCUGCGUCUUAGCUCGCAUUGUGAGGUCAUCUUAUUUUAUCAAUCGCGUCAUCAGGAGAAACAUCAUCCUUCUUUUUGUCUCAUUACAUUGAAAGGAUUAAGCUCGAAUUACAGAGAGAAACCAGAGUUCGCACGAAGACCGUGACAUGCUCGUCUCGAUGAAAUCCACAUGUAUAUACAUAAUUCAUAUGAAAAAAAAAUAAAUACACUAAGGACACUA